AUGUGGCCGGCCGGCGCGGGCACCAGGCUGCCCUGUCCCCGGGACUCUGCGCUCCGGCGGGCGGCUUUCUCUGGGAACCUCACCGCCCUGCCUUCUCACCUGAUGCCAGCCGGCCGCAGCGUCCGGGUCUUCAUCAGCGCCAACCCUGAAGACACGGGAGCAGAAAGACAGGCGCUAAGAGAAAACGUGUAUCCUAAAUUAAGAGAAUUCUGCAGAGAAAACUAUGGAUUAGAAUUUCAGGUCAUAGAUCUGUACUGGGGAAUUGAUGAAGAUGAAUGGGACAGCCCUGAGCUCCAGAAGACCCGCAUGAAGCUGCUGGAGGAUUGUUUGAAAACUUCUGCAGGUCCAUGUUUUGUUGGACUAUUAGGUGAAAAAUAUGGGAACAUCCGAAUCCCUGGAGAAGUUGAAGCGUCAGAGUUUGAAAUGAUUUUGGAUGCUGCCGUAGAGGCGAAGCUGGAGACCAAGUUACUGGAAGAGUGGUAUUGUCGGGAUGAGAACUCGGUGCCAGCAGCUUAUUACCUCAGACCCAAGUCGGAAAUGCUGAAAAGCAAUAAAAAUGCAAUGCAGCCCUCUGCCAAUGCUGAGAAUGAGAAGACCUGGCAAGAGAUAUCAGAUGAGAUCAAGAAGGUAUUCAAGGUUGCUGUAAAACUGUUACAUGAAAAGAGGAAAAUGAAACACAGCCAAGCCAAGAGGUACCUGUUCUCAGCUAUAGAGGAUGAGUUUGAUUUCGCUCUAGGGAAGCAAACUCCAGCAUUCCUGAAGAAAUGUGUUUGCUAUAUUAGGAAAAUUGCUAACAUUGAGCGUUUCGUGAAAAUCCCAGAGAUGGGAAAAUACAUGGAUAUAACUGGAGCAGAACCAAGAAUUAUUCGGGACCCAGAAGCCCAAGAGAAGCUGAUAAAACUCCGGGAUGAAUUUAUUCCUACCAUUGUUGCAUCAUCUAAUCUGAGAGUGUAUACAUCUGUUACUCAUUGUGACAUGAAACUAGGCUAUUCCCAAGAAAUAGAAAACCAUUACAUAGAAGGACUCGGUAAACAAUUUUAUGAGGACAUGAUUGACAUAAUUCAGGCCACGGUACAACAGAAUUUUGACACAGAAACUGAUACGCUCUACGACGAAAUCCUUCAGCAUUCAUCACUAUGUAAAACGUAUGCCUCCUUCUACGAGUACAAAUGUGAAUCUCUAAACAUCGUGCAUAAAUACAUUCUUCCAAGCAAAACCGGGCACGUCAACCCUCUUAUUAUAUACGGUGGACCAUGCACUGGGAAGACCCUUCUGUUAGCUGAAGUAGCAAAGAAGGCUUACGGCUGGCUACAUGAAGACACAGGACCAGAAUCUGACCCAGUCAUAGUCGUGAGGUUUCUAGGAACCACAGACAUGAGUACUGAUCUUAGGACUCUCCUUCUAAGUGUUUGUGAACAGUUGGCCGUGAACUACCGGUGCCUGGUUCAGAGCUACCCUAAGAAGAUCCACGACCUCCGCGACUUAUUUAUAAACCUCUUGAAUGAGUCUUCGUUGCAGAGGCCCCUCGUGGUCAUAUUCGAUGCCCUGGAGCAGCUCUCAGAGAGCCACGAGGCCAGGAAGCUCUGGUGGCUCCCGGUUCACCUUCCCCGAUUCGUCCGGAUUGUCCUCUCCACGCUGCCCAACAAACAUGGGAUCCUCCAGAAACUAAGGUGCCUUAUCCAUGAAGAAGACAACUACAUCGAGCUGAUUCCCCGGGACAGGAAGAUGUGCAGCCAGGUGCUCAAACACCAGCUGCUGCGGGUCAAAAGGAAGGUCACGUCAGGCCAGCAGAUUUAUGUGAACAACGCCUUCUCCAAGUGCACGUUGCCCAUGUUUGUGAACCUGACCUUUAGGGAGGUGAGAAAUUGGCGAUCUCACAGAGACGUCGAUGAAUCCUCCCUCUGUGUCACCGUGCACGAAAGCAUAGAGCAGCUCUUCUGCUCCCUGGAGAGGAAGUGUGGGCAGAAACUCGUCUCCCGGGCUCUUGGUUACAUCACCAUGGCCAAAAUGGGUUUGAGUGAAAUGGAGCUGGAAGACGUGCUGGCCCUUGACAACAGCGUGAUGAAUGAGCUCAACGAGAGCGCCAGGCCCAGCAAUCCCCUGAGGGUACCUUACCUGUACAUCGCGAGGCUCAAGGAGGGGCUCAGUGGAUACUUAAUCGAGAGACAUGUGAAGAACAUCACCCUCCUGGUCUGGGCCAACAGACACCUGCAGCUCAUAGCCCAGAAGCUGUAUCUGCAGGAUAACAGUGACCUGCAUGAAAUGCAUACCAUCCUGGCAGACUAUUUCCUGGGGGUCUGGUCAGGGGGCAGAAGGAAAGCGUUCUGCCUUGAAGACCCCUACCUGAAUGGCUGCCUUGACUUGGACAGCAGAAGCCUGCUUGAGGAGGAAAAGCACUUCAUGGAGCAGGCUUCCUUCGACAGGCAGGCCCCGGACCAGCCCUGGGUCUUUCAAUGCAACCCACUGGAGCCUGACAUCUUUUUCGUCAACCAUCGGAAAAUGUGUGAGCUCCUGCACCACCUGACGAGGUGCGGGAAGACCGAUGACCUGCUCUACGGCAUCAUCAUGAACUUCAGCUGGCUUUACACCAUGAUCAAAAUUGGCCAGUUUGACAAAGUGCUCUUGGACAUCGAGCUGGCUUACAACUACUCGCAGGAGAAGGAGCUCAAGUUCCUGGCGAGCACCCUCCGCAGCAUCAAAACCAAGGUUGUCGCGUUCCCUGGCUCCCUUUCUGCAGAGCUUCAGCAAAGACUGCUGCCCGUCGUGAGUUCCCUGCCCAAACUUAGACACCUUCUUUUAGAAUGUGACAAAGAUGGGCCCAAAUACUGCUCCAUCGUGCCAUUACACUCAUCCAUGGAUGUGACCUAUAGCCCGGAGCGUCUUCCCUUGUCAUCUAGUCACCUGCACGUCACUGAGAUUCUGCCCACCUGUAACCCCAGUACGGUGCUCACAGCUUUAGAAAACGGUUCCAUCAGCACGUGGGAUGUGGAAACGCGUCAACUACUCAGGCAAAUCACGACAGCCCAGUCUGUCAUCCUGGGCAUGAAACUCACCAGUGACGAAAAGUAUCUUGUGGUGGCAACGACAAAUAACACCUUGUUGGUUUACGACAAUGUAAAUUCUUGCCUCCUGUCUGAAGUGGAAAUCAAAGGGACCAAGCAUGGAAGCGGCUCCACCUACAUCAAUGGAUUUACACUGUCUGUCAAACACGCUCUGGCCUGGCUCGAAGCCAGCAAAGAUGUCACUGUCAUCGAUCUGCUCUACGGAUGGCCCCUUUACCAGUUCCACUGCUGGUACGAAGUGACCUGUGUCCAGUGCUCUCUGGACGGCGUGUAUGCCUUCUGUGGACAGUACCUGAACACCACUACCAUCUUUCAUUUAGGGAGUGGAGAAAAGUUAUGUACGGUGACAUCUGAAUUUUCAGGUGGGUUUGUGAAGUUCCUUCUUAUCUUGGACACAGCUCAGGAAAUGGUAAUGGUAGAUAGUGAGGGAAGCCUUUCUGUUUGGAACACUGAGGACAUCUCCAACCCCCAGCUGACCGAUGACUUUGACUGCCGAAGAGAAGAUAGUGAAGUGGUCAGCGUUGAACUUUCAGAGGACCAAAGCGCAGUUCUGAUCUGUAAAGCCCUCAGCAUUGAGCUCUUAGAUACUGGUAUAUGGAAGGUGGCUGAAAAGUUCAGAGCGAAGCACAACGAACGCUUUAUAUCGGCUGUGCUGUCCAAGAAUGGAGACUGCAUCAUUGCGACCAUGGAAAACACCUCGGCCGUGUUUUUCUGGAGGCGGGACACGGGACAGUGUAUGGCGAGCUUACAGGAAAUCUCAGGUACCAUAGUCAAGUUGGUGAAAUCCAGUCAUCACAACAUGCUGCUAUCUUUAUCCACCAGUGGUGUUCUUUCUAUCUGGGACAUAGAUAUAAUCACAGCUAUGUCCAACAUAGAUAAGACUGGAAAACCCAUCCAAAGUCUGGUGUUACCCGCCAGGGGGGAAAUCAUUUACUCCCUCGAUGGCUCUGAUUGUGUUCACAAGUGGAACUUCAGCAGUGGGUUCCUUGAAGCAGUAUUUAAGCAUGAAGGAAUAGUUGAACACUGUGUGUUGACAUCCUCUGGAGACGUCAUGGUGACAUCGGAUGACAAGAGCAGCCAGUACGUCUGGCAUACCAGCAGCGGUGAAAACCUCUUCCGAAUUAAUGGGCAGAGAAUAUCUCAGCUGCUGAUUACACACAAUGACCAGUUCGUGGUCUCUCUCUGCGAGGAAAAUGCCUCCAGGGUUUGGAGACUGGCCACGGGCCACAGGGUGUGCAACAUCCUGACCACUCUGCAGAAUGCCUUCAUAACCUCUGCAAAUACCUUCGUGGUGGGCAUGACCAAAAGCAAGGUGCUGGCAGUCAGUCUUUGGACAGGAAGCAUCACCAAGAAGUUCUGCUGUGAAGACGGCACCACCAUUGUGAAUUUUAAAUUGAUCCCCGAUUGUCCGGACAUCAUUGUGUUUAUCACGUCAGCCGAGACGGUGAAUAUCUGGAGUCUGACAGAUGAAGUGAUCUGUCGCCGUGUGCAACUUCCAAACAACUUCCUGAAAAAUCUACAGGAUUUUGAAAUUUCUCCCAAUGGAAAGCUAGGCAUUAUUUCCAGGGGAGAUGAAAAUAUCAACGUGCUGGAUUUACACAGCGGUAAAUUACGGGUGGUUCACGCCUCUGGGGUCAUCUGGAGGCACAGGUUGUCUCGAGACGGUCGCUACCUGGUAUACAUUUGUUUCCGAAACGGGGAGGAAGAGGAUGAAAAUGGUGCGAUAUCCAGCUUGAUUGUCAUGAGACUGGCCGAUGGCAAAAAUAUCGGUGCUUGCUCCCUUUACAAAACUCCAACUUUUCUUGCCCUCUCCCAGCGGCACCUGAACAUCAUUGUGGGUUUUGAAGAUGGCAGUAUAGGGAUAUACACGGUGGUGGACCGCGUAGAUGCUGCACUGAAAAUUAAAAUCGCCACUUCAAAUAGCAGACAAAUUUUCAAUAAUGCGACACAGACAUCCAGGCCAAAGUGUCAUAGAUACUGUUUUAAAGUGUCUGUGGAUUGUUUAUGGAGAGAGUCCACUGAGGUCUUUGCAAGAGACAGUCCCAUCACAGUGAGUGACUCCAUGGAGCCCAAUGAGGCGACACCCUCCAAGAAACACAACUCUUGCUAUGACCGGGUGUGCUCUGCCCUGGAAUCCAGGGGCCACAGCUAUGCCCCUGACAACUGACAAAAUGUUUUUCCUGCUCAGCAGAAAUACAUAAUACGUAAAAGAAAAAAAAGUAUCUUCUGUAUCGCAGAUGAUAAACACUCAUUCUUAAAGGACAGGAAAGAUGCUGGAGUUCCAAUGCUAAUUAUUGCCAUGCUCAUGAAAUGUAUAGAAAUGUGAAAUUGGUUGUGAGGUUGGUCUUCUUGACAAAGUUUAUCCAGGAAUGAAGUCUUAACAGAGAAUUUCUACAAAUCGUAUUUGCAUGGCUAUAUCAACUGGAAGUUAGAGGGUAGUUUUUAAAUUAACUGGAUGGGAAGAAGCAGCUUAACUC